UAAAAUUUCCCUCAGCAAGAUCUCUAUGCUCCGUGGCGUGUUCGGUGGGGUGCCCUGACGUGCCUGUGUGAUAAAAUUAUCCAAUAAACUCAACGAUUUAUUUAUAUUUAAAAUUAAAGAAAGCCCCCCUCCAGCCGCAUAACACACGUUGAAAUGGCAGCCCAGUGGAUAAGAAAAGUCGUGUCACCUGGAGUCACUGGGGCUCGGUUAUACAGUGGAGGUCCUCACAAAUGUACCCUCAUACCUGGUGAUGGUAUUGGGCCUGAAAUUUCGGCUGCUGUACAGAAAAUAUUCGACGCUGCCAAGGUACCCAUCGAAUGGGAAUCCGUGGACGUGACGCCUGUCAAAGGACCAGAUGGAAAAUUUGGAAUUCCUCAGGCUGCCAUAGACUCAGUCAAUAGAAAUAAAAUCGGCCUCAAAGGGCCCCUCAUGACACCCAUCGGGAAGGGGCACAGAUCGCUCAAUCUCGCCUUGAGAAAGGAAUUUAACUUAUAUGCCAACGUGAGACCCUGUCGUUCCCUCGAGGGUUAUAAAACCCUUUACGAUAACGUAGACGUCGUAACAAUUCGUGAGAAUACCGAGGGUGAAUACUCCGGUAUUGAGCACGAAAUUGUCGAUGGAGUCGUGCAGUCCAUCAAGCUCAUCACCGAGGAGGCUUCAACGAGAGUUGCUGAAUUCGCGUUCCAGUAUGCCAGUGAUAAUAACAGGAAAAAGGUGACAGCGGUACAUAAAGCCAAUAUAAUGAGAAUGUCAGACGGUCUGUUCCUCCGAUGCUGUCGUGAGGCUGCUCAGAAAUUUCCAAACGUUAAAUUCGAGGAAAGGUACCUGGACACAGUUUGCCUGAACAUGGUCCAGGACCCGAGUAAAUAUGACGUCCUCGUAAUGCCAAAUCUCUACGGUGAUAUCCUCUCCGACAUGUGUGCUGGUCUCGUCGGGGGUCUGGGAUUGACUCCAAGUGGAAAUAUCGGACUCAAUGGUGCUCUCUUCGAGUCUGUCCAUGGAACAGCCCCAGACAUCGCUGGCCACGACAAAGCCAACCCAACAGCUCUCCUCCUCUCCGCAGUAAUGAUGCUCAAGCACAUGGGACUCGUCGACCACGCCAGGAUCAUCGAGCACGCAGCCUACGACACGAUCAAAGAAGCCAAAUACUUAACUGGCGAUCUAGGUGGCACUGCCAAAUGCAGCGAGUACACGAACGAAAUCUGCAAGAAAGUCGCUGCUGCGUCGAACUAAUUCGUUGUUAAUUGUUCAGUUGAAGAGAGAAUAUGUGAAAAACUGUUGAGGAAUUACCAAAACUCGUCGAACCUGCCGGGGAGUGGUAAAACGAGGGAAAUCAAUUUCAAUUGAAAAUUUCACUGGCAAAACGGAAAAGUCUGAGUUGAAGUUCAUUUGAUUUGUCUCGUUUCAUCACUUUGCCACUGAAAUAUCGUGGAAAAUUUGAUUGUCCAACGACAAUCGAUAAAUUUUUCAUCUCCAAGUCACCAAAUAAUCGUUGAAUAUUUAAUCACUCUAGAGGAAGUUCGGUUAAUCCCGGAUUUCCACCGUUGUCAUUCAUUUUUAGUUCCCAAAAUGGUUUUAAAACGCUUAUAGAUGAAUUGUUCGUGUGAACUCAAACGAUUGAAUUGUCAUCGGCUGCAGAUACGUUUCAUACGUCCAUCAAACUGUCGUAGUGAAUUUUAUGUAAUGUAAUCUACUGUGAAAAGUCAAACUUCGAGUCUCUAGUGUUUAAAAUGAAAAGAGAAAGUGGAAAAAGUUUUUUCCACGAUCAAGUGAAUUGUAUAGGACUGUAUAAAGACCAAUCGAUGAAUACCGAUGCAAGAGGACUGCUCUCCUCAGUGAGAAAAAUCAUUAGAUGACGAACGUGUUCGUGCAGUAUUAAUGAUCAAUAAAGUUGAAACAAAAAAUAA